AUGGCACGUUGGAACCUGUCCAAUCGUCUCUUUGCCUCACUUAAUGAGGGUCGAACACCACCUGGUGACUAUGGAUGUUUCAUUCCCGAGACACCGAAAGAUGUUUACGCUCAACGUGAUCCGCCUCUUCUAUUCAAACCCGGUAACGUUUCUGCUCCCGGAAUUGGUUCCAUCACUCAACCACCUCAAUUGCCCACUCAGCUACUUCAGAAGUUGAGUCACUCAGGUGGUGGUGGUGGUGUGUAA